AUGGCAGCAAGCGCCAGCCCUCUUGAUGGGGCUGACGUGCUCAAACUAGACGAGUGGAUCUGGAAGGAAGUUGCCAGCACAAUCCCAGCGAGGACACGCUACGGACACGACGUUGACGGACGUGACGCGCUCGCCGUCGGAACGAGCUCUCGCAAGGAUCCAGCAGCACAGCGAAGAAAUGCCCAGCUGCGUGGUAGUCACGGGGAGACUAGAGUAUCUGGUGAAGAAAGGAGGCGUUCGAUCAAGCUUUCCCCAUCGGAACUUGCGAUGAGCGUAAACAGGGCUGAGAGAAACAGCGCCAAUGCCGGUAUCGAGCAGCCUUCAGCGGACUGCAUGCCACCAAACUCAAGAACUAUGCCUCGAGGCGCGCAAACUGCGUUAUCUGACGCUGAGCCUCGUGCACAAACCAGUGCUAACACCAGUGAUGCACAAGAGAAACGCAUUAGCUUCUCGCGGACGAUGGACGAAGAAGGGCCUAGGGGUCAUUCGAGAAAAGUGACUCUGGCCCAAGUCAAGCAAGCAGUCAGCGAGCAGAAGCAGUUGGCAACCGAGACACAGGAAGCUCGUGUGGCGCAUCAGUUGGAGAAGGCAAUCAAGCGCGCAGCGGGUUGCAAAGUGAAGGAUGAUCCUAGGCUCUUGAAACGCGCGCUGAAGCGGCAACAGAAAGAACGAGUGAAACGCGCGCGCGCAUGGCAAGCGCGCUUGCAGGCGCAGUCUGCUGCAAAGGAGGCCCGCCAGCGCGAACGCGCAGCAUCACUGAAGGCUCGACGCGCUGCGCGGCAGCAGAAACGCAUGCUGUCUCGCGCGAAGCGACUCGCAAAGGCCUCAUGA